UAAACCCCUUUGCCCUUUGUUCUCUCACGACUUCUUCUUUCUUCUCUGUAGCGGAAGUCAGUCGAGAUCCGUGUCCGCCCCCUCGCCACUCGUCCCCGCCAUGAGGAAGGCCCCCACUCUCGCCUCCGCCCUUCUCUCCCGCUCCCUCGCCUCCGCUUCCCCCGCCUCCGCCGCUACCGUGCGCAGCCGCCUCCUCCAGGUUGCGCUCUACGGCAGCAGCAGCGCCGGCGGCCCUCACGCUUCCUGGCGCUGGUUCUCCCCGCUCCUCGACUCGCUACGCGGUGAUUCGUCGCGAGCCGCGUAUCUCGGCCUAGCUGGAGUUGUCUCCGCAGCCGCUGCCGCCACUGCAGUCUCCCAGGAGGUCUAUGCGAAGGAGCCCCCGCCGCCUGAGCUGGUUCCGAAGGACGUUGUGCUCUACCAGUACGAGGCCUGCCCUUUCUGCAACAAAGUCAAAGCCUCAGCAUUCUUGGAUUACUACGACAUUCCAUACAAAGUCGUGGAGGUGAACCCCUUGAGCAAGAAAGAGAUCAAAUGGUCCGAGUAUAAGAAGGUGCCUAUAUUGAUGGUGGAUGGGGAGCAGCUAGUGGACUCAUCAGAUAUUAUCGAUAAGAUGGGGGAAAAGAUUCUUAAAGGGAAACGGACAACUGUGGACUCGGAGGAUGAUGAAGAGAAAAAGUGGCGCAGGUGGGUUGAUAAUCACUUGGUGCAUGUUUUGUCGCCCAACAUAUAUCGGAAUGUUUCUGAGGCUCUUGAGUCCUUUGACUAUAUAACCAGCAACGGCAAUUUUAGCUACACCGAGAAAAUUAGUGUUAAAUACGCUGGAGCUGCAGCGAUGUACUUUGUCUCUAAGAACCUCAAGAAGAAAUAUAAUAUCACGGACGAGCGUCAAGCUUUAUAUGAUGCCGCUGAGACAUGGGUCAGUGCUUUGAAUGGCCGAGAGUUUUUGGGGGGUUCUAAGCCUAAUUUGGCAGAUCUUGCUGUUUUCGGGGUUCUCAGGCCCAUCCGGUACUUGAGGUCAGGAAAAGAUAUGGUGGAACAUACACGUAUUGGGGAAUGGUACUCGAGGAUGGAGAGCGCUGUCGGAGAUUCCUCGAGGAUGAAGGCUUAGACAACGAGGGUCUCGUUGAAUUCUUGAAAUCCCGGUUUUUCCUUGUUCUGUACUCGCAGUAUAUUUAGUUGUAGGAGUUUGCAAUACCAUUUUUCGGUGGUUUCGCCUCAUACAGGUUUUUGCUAGUCGUGCUGAUUAUAUUUUCCCCUCCUACUGGAACUCUGAUGCAAUUUAUCAGUGAGGAUAUUCAUAUUCAUCGAAUCUGUAGUUAGAUUUCGAGAAAUAUAUAAAGGAAUAAAGGGGAAUCAAAUGUAAGUCCCAUGAGUUUAAUUGUACUUUCCAUAAACUGUUAUUGUUCGACGCACCAUAUGCACUCCAUGGGACCGCGUCUUAUGAUUUAUUACACAAAGAGUUGCUCGUUUUACGUCU